CGUGACAAAGACGUCUGGUCUACGCAUCUCAUAAUCGACCUUCAGGCAAGGACUCGACACUAAUCAGAUAUGAUUAACGUAUUCAAUUCACCCAUUGAAGCAUCAAGCAUCGAUGAGUUCUCUGAAGGUCGCUCUGAUGAAAAACAAGUCUUUGAAAAGCGCAGACGCCGUCCCAAGAUCACAUACACAGCUGAUGGGCGAAAGCUCAUUGACGGAAAAAUAGAUCAAGAGCAGACACCAAAUGCAUUGUGGACUACAACCAUCUCCAGAGGUGUUGCAAAUGACUGGCGAGCUAAAGCCGAAGGAGGACCGUUUUACAAAGCUAAACGCUAUGUGGCGGCCGUCUCACAAGACGUGAAAGUGUUCGUAAAACACUCGGUGCAUCACUAUGGAACGGCAAUCUUAGUGUUACUCAACCUCUUCCUAGCUUAUACGAUAUGUCGACUAUUCAAAAUCUUAUGAGCAUUGUUUUCCAUCUUCAUAUCGUCUGUCACUUAAUAUAAAGCAUUAAUUCGCGGUUA